AGGAAACACAAAGCAUCUGAUCAGGAAAACAUAAUGGCUUCUUUCAUUUCCUUUCUGCUUCUUGCUGCUCUUAUUGGGAUGGCCUCAUGGCAGGCCAUUGCAGCAGAACCUAGCCCUCUCCAAGACUUCUGCGUUGCCGAUCUGAAUUCCGCAGCAGUGCGUGUCAAUGGAUUUGCUUGCAAGAACCCAACGAACGUGAGUGCAGAUGAUUUCUUCAAGGCAGCCAUGCUUGACAAGCCAAGAGAUACGGCGGUCAAUAAGGUUGGAUCAAACAUCACUUUGAUCAACGUCAUGGAGAUACCAGGUCUCAACACACUUGGCAUCUCAAUAGUGCGCGUCGACUAUGCACCCUUGGGUUUGAACCCACCGCACACUCACCCUCGUGCAACUGAGAUCUUUACGGUGCUCGAAGGGACACUUUACGUUGGAUUUGUCACGUCCAACCCAGACAACAAGCUCUUCUCAAAGGUGCUCAAUAAGGGUGAUGUGUUUGUGUUCCCUAAGGGGCUCAUUCACUUUCAGUUCAACCUUGACCCCCAUAAGCCCGCAAUCGCUACCUCAGCAAUUAGUAGCCAAAAUCCUGGGAUUAUUACUAUUGCAAAUGCAGUGUUCAGAUCAAACCCACCGAUCUCGGAUGAUAUUUUGGCCAAGGCAUUUCAGGUGGAUAAGAAGAUUAUAGAUUUGCUCCAAGCUUAGUUCUAGAGAGCAAUUGAUAAUUGUCCUAUUCUUUGCAACACUAUGGGACAAUUACAUGCAUGGACCUGAUGAUCUGUGCCAUAUAUAGUACAUAGAAUGAAUAGGCUUUCGUGCUGAUUGAUGUCAUUAUAUUUGUUAAAUUUUUUAUCCUAAUUAAUUAAUAAUACAUGGAAUACAUUGGACUAUGGUGUCCUUUUUCCUCGUUACUUUAAA